AUGAACGGUGAUAUUGAUGAUAGUUUGACCAAACUGAAUAUGUUCGUGAAAAGAUGGUGGGAAGAUGAUUAUAAGGAAUCGCAAUCGGGCAGCGCGGAAAGAUGGAGCGGCUGCGGGCCGGAGCACAAUCUGGCGCUUCAUCAGAUACUAAAACUUCAAGAGGCGAGAGCACUCCACAAAACUUCAUUACUGCCGCUCUACAAGAAAAACGGCCUCGCCUCGCCAGGAGCUAGUCAAGAUUACGAACAGAUCCAAGAGAAAAAUAUGGAUAACGAAGAAGAAAUGAGAGCCCUGGAUCAAUUGAAGUUGGAAACGGAAUUCAGACGACUCAUGGAGCGGUCGAGUAGAGAUCGGAACGAAGAAUCUCUCAAAUACUUCCAGCACGUGAUGGAAGCCAAAUGUAACCUGGAAUAUUUAAGAAAUAUCCAAGAAAAAGAGUCCAGAGAACAAUUAGAUAAGGAGGUGAACGUCAAAAAAGAGAAACUAUCCCCUAAAUACAAUCGAUACUCACCCGAACAGAAGCUGUCCCCUCAUCAUUCAUCAGCCGAGGCUUCACCUAACCGCAGUGUUCAUAUGUCCUCCCCGUCUAGUUGUAUUUCCACAACCAGUCCAGUAAACUCCUCCCCUUUAAACCAUCUACAAAACAUGCAACCGUUCGAUUUUAGAAAGCAUAAGAUUAACGAAAAUAUCGUCAAAGAAGAAAGAAAGUCUAGCUACGGUAAUAUAUCUUCAGCCGAAAAAGCAGCCGUGGAUGCAGUGAUGAGAAAUCAAUUUUUUAAUUUUCAACUCCCAACAAACCUUCCUAUGCAACCUCUAUCAAUACCUUCGACGUUUUCUCAUCCGGCAGCGAUGGUAGCUGCACUUAGCCAAAAUCCCAUGGGAUUAGCAUCUUUACAAGCUCUUCUACCUCAAAUAUCAUCAAAAACUGUAGAAAACCCUGAGAGUAGAUUAAACUCAUCUUCAAAACAGAGAUCAGAAAAUGUUAGAACAGACGAUGAAAAUGUUCUCAAUUUAAGCAAAGACGUCUAUAGUGAUGCAAAUAAAACGAGAGAUAUGAUGUUAGGAAAGUGUAUCAGCCCACCGAAGAGGCAGUGGGGCGCGUCCCAGAUGCCUCUCAACCUAGGAACACACUUUAUUAACCCCGCCACUGGGAAGAAACGGGUUCAGUGUAACGUGUGCCUUAAGACAUUCUGUGAUAAAGGUGCUUUGAAAAUACAUUUUUCUGCUGUUCACCUGCGAGAGAUGCAUAAAUGUACCGUCGAAGGCUGCAGCAUGAUGUUCAGUUCAAGAAGAUCUAGGAAUAGACACAGCGCUAACCCCAAUCCUAAGUUACAUUCACCACACUUGAGGCGAAAGAUAUCACCUCACGACGGCCGCAGCGCUCAAGCCCAUCCUGUACUGAUUCCUCCUCCGGGCAGCGGCUUGAGUAUACCACCAGUCAUGAACCCUAUGCAUCCGUUCGGAUCAUAUCCUAUACUUAAUUCAUCUCAUAACAUGAGACAGCACGCUUCCAACAUGCUCUUUGAUUACAAAAGCAACGUUAACUUCUCACAAACAUUGGAUCAGGCUCAACACAUGCGAAGGGAAUCCAGUUCAGUAGAAAAUAAAGAUCACGAAGGUCACGGAGACUCAGAUGAAGAUGAUGGCAUCGUAGUCGUGGCUGGUGAUGAUGAUGAUGAUGAUAAUGACAAUAUAACUAACGUGUAUUACACGAGCCUCAAUAAAUCAUCAGUUUCAAUGGACGAUUCAGAAAACGAAUACGACCAAAGAAGCGUUAGCGACAAUAACGAAAACACAGACAGUAUUAAAGAGACAACGAGCCCCGAGGUUAUAAAAAGGAAACGUAAAAACCUUAACCCAACAAGACUGGAAAAGAACUACAUAAGUGAUGAUCACGACAAACAAGACACUAAGCAAGAUAACUACCAAAAUGACGAAGCUCUGAAUUUGAAACGAGUUAAAUGCGAAGAGAAUGUUAAUGGUACUAAUUAUAACGCACCAUGCGAGAACGGAACUAACAUUAAAAUUAAACAAGAACCCACGACGGACACGGACAACGGCGAAAUGAACUUUGGGCCGCAAGACUUAAGGGUCAAAGAGGAAGCUACAGACAAGUGCGAGACAACAAAACAUGAAAGAUUUGACGAAACCAAUAAUGAGUUCUCAACAGAAAAUUCAUUAAAACGAUUAGAGAGUCUCUCGAAGGGGGACUUUCCGAGUGUUACGAAGAAAAUUGAAUGUAACAACCAACUGGGUUCAUACAACAUGAGCUUGAACGAUUCCACAGACUUCUCUGAUAGAUCACCGUCUUCAUCAGUAUCGAGUUACGACUACACUUCUGAUGACAACCACGGACAGAUAUACGGACAUUUUGACAACGGAUUCUUUAUAACUACCAGCGACGUCCCCAUAGAUACUGACAAUCCUCUAAAAUGCAAAGUUUGCGAUAAGCUAUUCCAAAACAUAUACAUACUUAAAACUCACUACCAGAACGUGCAUCUCAAAGUAAUGUACAGAUGCAACAACGAAGGAUGCAAGGCAGCCUUCACGACUAGACGGAACAGAGAUCGACACAAUUCCAAUGCUAAUCUACACAGAAGACUGCUAUCAGAUCAGAAAAUUCACGACGAAUCCCGUGUAUUGGAAAGGUUAAAGGAACAGAUAGAUAUAAUAUUAAAAUUCAACGAAGAAGAACGUGCUGUGCCCUAUAUUGAAUCACAAAAAUAUUACCGCGCUAAAGAAUUGAAUAAACCAAAAAAUUAUUUAGGACAGAUGCCAUUCGGAGCGCCGUACCCAACUAUUCCGAUGCCCGAAACAUAUUUGAACGGUCGCGACAUGUUUAGUCAGCAUCCCUUUCUGUUUACGCCUUUCGGGAUGCUUCCAAACUUUCCUCCCUUACCAUUCGGGUUUCUACCGCCCGGUCUGAACUCUUUUGCGUAUCAAAACCAAAACUGUUCCCCUCCAUUAUCCUUGAAAUUGAACUAUUGCGUAGAAGACGAGGCGCCUCAUCAGAAUAAAGACGGUUACUACCCAUGUCGGGGAUGCAGAGAUAGUUUUAAAGACUUAUCCUGCCUUAAAUUACAUUGUGAGAGCGUCCAUUCACAGCUUCUUCAUAGAUGCUCAGUGGGUGGAUGUACCGCGGCCUUCUUCUCAAGGAGUAAGAGGAAUCUCCACAGUGAGAAGCACGCCAGCCGUCUCCAACUGACCACUCAUAAUAGAUUAAUUAUUUGUAAAAAAAUACGACAUUCCAUAGUAAUAAUGUGCAAUAAAUGUAUAUAA